AUGGCCGUCCCGGUGCUUCCCAACUCAUCCAACUUUCUAGGCGUUGCUCUCGUGAUCAAUCGGUCUCGGGAUGGCCCUCGCUUCGUGUUUCAUUACCCGCCUCAUAUUCCAGCCGUUGACGCCCGUCCGUCGAGCCGAGGCACGGACUCUGACGACCUGGAUGAUGACGACGCUCUUAUGGACCGCAUCUCCAACCCCGCCGCCGGCGCAUCCAGCGGCUCGCUGCCCAAGGGCGUCGACCUGGCCAACUGGAACCAUGACGACCAUCUCGAGACCGAGAGUGGGUCGCAGAUCGUGCCUUGGGAGCACGUAGGUGGCUUUCCCACCCGGGACCUGGAGAGCAUCCUGACCCCACCAAGAGCGUAUGAUAAGAAGCUGUUCUCUGUGUCGCUGGAUCAGCUAUGUGUGGCUUCAUAUCCCAUCUGUGUCCCGGAGAACGGUGUGUGGAAGAAGAAGAAGAGGCAGCCCAAGUCGCGGCCGAGCCUCAGCAUCAGAGCUGGGGGAGGCGAUGACGGUAUCGGGACGUCCAGGAAUGGCGAUUCGCCGGUUCUGGCUGCCAACAUCCCCCAGAUAGAGACUCAUGACAUGGCCGACGAGCCGCUCGGACAGGAGGCCAUAGACGGACCAGAGGAUGGUACUAAUCCUGAAGAGAAGAAGAGUGGCAUGACCAUGUUCAACCUCGUCUUCAUUCUCAACCCCAACAAGCACGAGACCAAGGAGCUUGUCGAUACAGUCUACUUUCACAUCAUCCGAAAGAUCAUCAAGGCGUACAAGUACGCGCAACAGCGCAGCGACUUCGUCUGGAAAGAGUCCAAGCGAAUCCUCCAGCUCAAAGACAAAGGCCGCGAGGACAAAACAAGGCUCAGCGUGCUCUGGCGUCAGAUCCUCGAGACUUCGUCCCUCGCCUCGUCGAUGCAGGACAUCUAUGAGGCCGUCCGAGCGAACAAGAUAGCAGCGUUGCAGCUCGAGACGCCCGAAGGCACCGUCACGCAUUCUGUGCAGAUACCAGUGCCCUUUCACCUGCCUGAUAUUCCGGCUGCUGAUGAUGUCGAAGCAGAAGGACUUAGAGGCCUGUGGGUUACGACGGCAAACAACUUUGCAGAUCUGGACAUGGCGACUAUUGAUGACCUGUCGUUCCUCGACAAGACCUUUGCCCUACUCCUUCUCUACGAUGAGAAGAAGAUCAUCUCUGAACUUCAAGCAGACGGAGAUGAUGCAACGAACGCGAUGAUCGAGUUUGUGCGUCUCAGCAAGCCCACCACAUCCUUCCACAGUAUCGGCCAGGGGCCUUCGCUGUCGCCCGCUCAAGUCCGCAAGUACGCGCAGCACUUCAUAUUCUGGAGACGCGCCAUUGCUAUCCCCCCUUUGCAUGCGAGGGACGUGUAUAUCAUGUCACCCAACAGCAAGACGUCGACGCUACCCCUGGCCAGCCAGACCUGGGCCAAGGCCUUUCCUCUGGCACCUCCCUUGCCCAACUUUCUCGCCGAACUGAGCACUGCCCCCCGGCCCUACAAGUUCUUUGCGCCUUCAAAGAACCACCGGCCGCAGUACCUGCAGAUGCUUGCAUGGCUCAUGCGGGGUGGCUGGGUCACUCAGCUGUGUACGUUUGCGUAUGUCGUCGUCUGGCCCGAGAUACAAUAUGAAGUCGACUAUCAGAUUGAAGCAGACGAGAUCAAGAAUGCCAAGAACCCGUCCGCCACUGAUGACAGUGCUUCAUCCCCUGAAGCUCCGACCAGCCAGGGGUCGUCUUUCAAUGGAUCAGACUCUGGCGACGCGGACGAAGAAGCCGACCGGGAGAGAGCGUCAUCGGCCGCCCAGGGGUCUUUUGCUUCCAAAUCCCGGCCCUCCUCCCCAGCCUCCAAGGCUGACGAGGACGAUUCCCUCAUCCUCAGCCCCUCCGCGUCCGCGGCGCCGACCGACCCGCUCGAGCGGUCCGUGUCGUCGCUGCCGCUGCUGCCCGAGGCGCGCAACCCCAACGAGUCCAUCGCCGAGGCGGCGCGGCUGACGCGGCUGGCGGACCGGCGGUCGCGGGCACACGCCGAGCACGCGGCACAGCACGCGCGCAAACGGGUGCCGGCGGCGACGGACCACCCGUCGCAGAACCUGGAGGCGGCGCACCUGGCGCACCUGGCGCCGUACAUCAUCCUCGACGCCAAGAAGGCGACGGGCAAGGAGUCCAUGUACCUCAGCGCCAUCGGGCGGCGCUUCAAGGACGCCCGCGUCCGCGCCAGCUGGCCCGUCUUCUGGAAGUACUUCAACGGCCACAGCGCCCUCGAGCGCGUCUGCCUCAUGGAGGACCUCAAGCGCAAGGAGGCCUGGGCCCUCCUCACGGCCAUGAGCGAGCACCUGAUCACGGUGAGGCACUGGUAG